CCGUUGUCUUUGUGGAGAUGUGCGCUGCGGCGGCUGAUGGCUUCCUGCUUUUAUUGUCUCCAUUUAAAGAGGAUGAGGACUAAUGGACUUCUGUUUAACUUUAACUCGGCGUUCCUUCAUCGCCCUGCAGCUGCCAAUCAGCUGCACCGAGUCACGUGACCCUCAGGUGGGGGGAGGCCUCAUAAGAGCAGCAGCAGCAGAACCAGCAGCUCAGAACCAGAGCCAGCACCAGGACCAGCAGGAGAAACCCGACCAGAACCCAGUAUGCAUCACGCUCGCUGUCCCGCCAUCUUGGUCCUCGCUGCGCUGGCCGCGCUCAGUCUGGGCGUUUUGUCUCAGGCCGACAGAGACCAGGACCCCUACCAGAACCAGAACCUGGACCUGGACCUGGAGCUGCGUCACCACCGGCUGCUGCAGCGAGCCCGCAGCGCCGGACUGCUCUCGCAGGACUGGUCCAAGCGGGCCGUGGAGGACCUGCUGGCCCAGAUGUCGAGGUCGGCGGUCGAGGCCCAGCAGGACGAUCCGGAGGCGGCUUCCAGAGGAACCGACUCCAGACUGAACCUGGAGCGGUCCGUGGAAACCACCGCCCGCGAACGCAAAGCCGGCUGCAAGAACUUCUACUGGAAGGGCCUGACUUCCUGUUGAAGCAGCUGAGGCCACACCCCCUGGGACCAAACGACCAAUCACCUUCAGGGGCGGCUGAACCGACCAAUCAGCAGUCUUGCCUGAGUAAUUAUUGUAAUUGUCCAAUAAAGAACGAAGUCAAUCAGU